AUGUCUCUAGCGCUGCGCCACGUGCCAUGGGCCUCGUGGGAGGAGUGGGAGGCGGUGAGGUCGAGCCUGCUGGGCCCCGCCGCUACGCGCGAAUCGAUAUCUUUCGGGAUCGACCGGGUGGCAGCAUGGCAGAUCAGGGGCCGGGUUCCGGCCUCUGUGGACGUGACAGCUGGCAUGCUUGCCGUGAAGCUGCAGGACCCGGACCUCUGGCCCCCCAACGCGGUGCCUCCGCUCCCUCCAUUCGUGCUCCGCCAAUCAUAUGCUGCUGUCAUUAUCAGCCCUGGGUCGGUCAGUGCGCUGGCCCACAAUCGCCUGCUGCAGUUGCCGGUGCUGCGACUGGCUGUCACUCAGGCCCUGGGGUGGCUCGUGAGCAACUAUUGGAGCAGGCAGGCUGCUAUGCUGGCGGCGAGCAGCGAGGAUGCGGAGGGCAAGUUCUCCUCCUUCAGACGACUCAUUGUCUGUUACCACCACCACUGCCCGCUCUGCUGCCCACGCUCUCAUUCUCAUUCUGCCCCUUCCCCUUCCCCCUUGUUCUCACCCCAGGCUCUUGGUUGGCUCGUGAGCAACUACUGGAGCAGACAGGCGGCCAUGCUGGCGGCAAGCAGCGAGGAUGCGGAGGGCAAGUUCUCCUCCUUCAGGCGACUCUCUGCCACCACCAACACUGCUGCUGCCCGCGCUAAUGCCAAUGCUAAUGCUAAGCGCAGCUUUCCUGCCAGCCCCAAACCUGCUGCUGCCGCGGUGGUUGUGAGGGGCGGGAGCAGGGGGGUGGGUGGUGAGGGGAAUGAGGUGUGGACGGGUGGUGAGAGGAUGUGUGAGGGGAUGGGUGGUGGGGGAGAGGAUAGGGAGGGGGUGAGAGGGGAAGGGGGAUGGAGGGAUGAGGAGGAGUGGAGGGAGAUUAUGCAGUGUUUGGAGUGGUUGCUUAUGGAAGGGGAGUUGGAGGAGGAAGAGGGGGAGGAGAAGGGGGAUGGACAGAGAGGAGGGAUGAUAAAGGCAGUGCAAAAAGUGUGGUGGGGAGACAGUGCGGAGGGCCGGGAGGGAAGGAGGAGGAGGAGAUGGAAGAGGGGGGGAAGAGGAGGAGGAGGAAGGGGACGACCUCAUCACAACGACUCGUCCCCAUCGCACGGCAAGUGGUUCCCUCUGCCUCUCCUCCCCGCUUGCGCCACGCGCUGCCUGCACGCCCUCCCCUCCUGUCCCCGCCUGCCACAUGUGCUUGCUGACGUGGCACUUGCACUCGCUGACCGGAUGAUCCAGAAGGAAGAAGAGGAGGGGGACGAGCGGAAGGGGAAGGGUGGAUGUGGAGGAGAUGGGUCUCAGGGAGGUAGAUCUGGUGGAGGCAAGAGUAAAGGAGGGGGGGGAGGGACGAAAAGGAGCAAAGGGAGGGGGGCGGAGAUGAGCUGGCGCAUUCAGCAGCUAGUGAGGCACGGGUUGGUGGAGUGGUGGGAGGAGAGAGGGGCAGGCAGGUCCUGCUGCUGGCUCUGCUGGUUACCCUACUAUCGCGCCUGGUGUGGGUUACAUGUGACGGUGGUGGGGUAG